CAUAUAAGGAGUGUCAGAAGUUACAGGACACAGAACCAGGAAGUAGCUGUGUUGUGAAUUGCGCCUUGGGUUGUGUUGGUGCAGCAUGGCCAAGGAAGCAGUCUAGCGCUGAUUAUGGGUCACUGCAGCGUCUAUUGAGAAGCAUGUACUACAGGGGCUAAAAGAGUGUCGGGUCCGGGAAUGAGAAUAGCAACGUGUGAGAGAGUGGCAGGGGUACCGGCUUGAGAAGGGGUUGGGUUUCACUAGGGUUACAGGGCAUAGGAGUUUUUGAUUGCAUCGCAUUUCCUAAGGACAAGUGCACGGAUCCAAAUUGUUGUAUCCCCCCCAACAGACGUUUAAUAAUCUUCUGAAUGCGAAACGCUGUCAGUGGCACGCACUUUUGCCUGUGGAUUUAAAGUCUCCUAUGCAUUGGACAAAACAUCCCUUUACAAUGGUAUCCUUCAAGGGAGUAGACACGAUUCUACACUGUCCAAGAGCCUUAACAUUUCCUCAAGCUUGUCAUCAAAUUGACUGAAAGCGCCCAGUUGGGAGGGGAGUUCUUGCCCCUUCCCUUGGGACAUUAUGACCUUUUAGUGAGAGCCCAAAGUGGUGGGUUUGGGCGGAGGAAGAAAGACAUACUUUAGCACUGGCCUAGAACCACCUGUAAAAGCUGUAACCGUGGAGAGACCCGGUUACCACAAACUUAUGGAUUUUGAUCAGAGGGAGGAGAAGGGUGAUCCUGAGGAAGUUGCCAGGAAGAUGUCGAAAUCUGGUGUUGGACCUGGAAGAAGCAGUAGGAGUACUGCUGCCAAUUCAGGGGUCUUAAUGGUGGGGCCCAACUUCCGAGUAGGAAAGAAGAUCGGUUGUGGAAAUUUUGGUGAAUUGCGGCUUGGGAAAAAUUUGUACACCAAUGAAUAUGUAGCUAUCAAACUGGAGCCAAUUAAAUCCAGAGCUCCUCAGCUUCAUCUGGAGUACAGAUUUUACAAGCAGCUUGGCAAUACAGAGGGCCUUCCUCAGGUGUAUUAUUUCGGACCCUGCGGAAAAUAUAAUGCUAUGGUGCUUGAGUUAUUGGGGCCUAGUCUAGAGGACCUUUUUGAUCUAUGUGACCGUUCAUUCACUCUCAAAACAGUGUUGAUGAUUGCAGUCCAGCUGAUCUCGCGCAUGGAAUAUGUACACACAAAGAGCUUGAUAUACCGUGAUGUGAAGCCAGAGAACUUUCUGCUGGGUCGUCCAGGAAGCAAGCGCCAGAAAACGAUUCACAUGAUAGAUUUUGGCCUUGCAAAGGAAUAUUGGGACCCAGAGACCAAAAAACAUAUUCCUUAUCGAGAACACAAGAGUCUGACAGGAACGGCACGAUACAUGAGCAUUAAUACACACCUUGGAAAGGAACAAAGCCGUAGAGAUGAUUUGGAAGCCUUGGGUCACAUGUUCAUGUAUUUUCUACGUGGGAGCCUUCCCUGGCAGGGCCUUAAGGCAGAUACAUUAAAAGAAAGGUAUCAGAAGAUUGGUGAAACCAAGAGAACCACUCCAGUGGAGGUUCUAUGUGAUAAUUUUCCAGAGGAGUUGGCCACCUACAUGCGUUAUGUUCGCCAACUGGACUUUUUUGAAAAACCAGAUUACGAGUAUCUGCGCCGACUGUUUACAGAUCUGCUGGAUCGACGUGAUCUCAUCUUUGACUAUGAAUAUGACUGGGUGGGAAAAACCUUGCCAAGUCCCAUUGGAUCAGUUCCUUAUGGAGGCCUCACACAAGUGCAUAGCAAGAAACCGCUUUACCUUAAACACCAGGUAUUGAAUUCCACUAAUGGAGAACUAAAUAUGGAUGAUCCGACAGCUGGGCAUUCCAAUGCACCGAUCACUGCACACACAGGAGUUGAGAUGGCAGACGACACCAAAUGUUGCUGCUUUUUCAAAAGACAGAAGAGGAAAAGUACUCUACAAAAAUGACUUGUCAGCCACCUCAUACAAUGGAACUGUAUUAUAUAUUGGAUUACAAGUUUUAACGGAAAGGAGACACCAUACAUCUCUCUUGAUCUUCUGCAAACAGUGUUAAUGACCUGGAGCAGCAGUAAAUCACUAAAACAGGAGAUUUUUUUGUUUGUUGCUACUUUUAUUUAAAUAUUUGUAAAAAAAAAUAUAUACAUUUUUCAGGUAGGGUUGUCGCUUACACCUUUGGCAUGAAAGAAAUUUAUGAUGCUGAUGUUUGGACUAUAACAACUCAUAGUGGCCUCAACCCAAAGAUAAGAGAACAUUAAUUAUAGUUCAGGGGCAUUUUUAACCUUCCUAUCGCUGUGGAAAUAAGGGUUUUCUCUCUUCCAGUUACCUAAGAUGUUUGUUUUCCUUAACAAAAGGGACAACCGACCUUAUGCUGACACUGGAUGGAUAGAACGCCUUCUUAGCCGACAUGUCCUAAAUGUUUUCUACGUGGCCACCUUCCUCUAAAUCAGAGGUGAUACUGUAUGUGAGUAGCAAAUUAGGGAGGUUCCUACACUGUGGGACAUUCUGCUCUAAUGAAUUUUACUGUUCUGUAUUGUUACUUAUUGUAUGGGGAAUUUGCUAUAUAUUAAAUCUGAAAUGUUAAUGCUUUGUGAAAAAUGUUGCCAUUAUCUUACAUGUAAGCAUGAUUUAUAUUCACGUAAUAUUGAGCAAAGAUUGUCACACGUAAUGAUUCAAUUCGGCCAUUUCCACCUGAACGGUUUCGUUGACACUGUAUAUGUCCCCACUCCACACAUGAUCAGCCAUAUAUGAUGGCUAUCCCCCACCCAGCAACGUGUGCAUGAGGGGAACAUGUUUCAAAUCGAACUGCAGUUUUGGCAACUGGUUGAACAUCCCCCAAAAUCAAGCCUUGUAAGGUUAGCUUUAAGAUUGUAUGUAUAUUUAGCCAUGUGACAAAUCCUUUAUUUAUAAUGGUUUUAAAGAACCAGCAAAUGCUUACAAUUCACUGCAAGCCAUUUGCUUCAGUUCGAUGUGCAUAUAUCAGAAUGCAUUAACACAUGCGCAGCUCCUUACCUCCGGAUACUUCUCUUUAGCUCCUGAGACCUUUGUCUCAAAUAUUUAUAAAUGCAAUUAGGGAUUCUUUUUAUAUGAAGCAGAUUGUGUUUUAGGUUUCGUGUUUUUAAGUAAAAUGUGUUCAACUUUCAAUAGCCUGAUACAAAUGAAGAUACUGUGUAUAUAUAAUGUGCCCUUUUGAAGCAUAUAGGAGAAGCCUUUGACACCAACAGCUUGCCCCUCCACUGUUUAUUGUGAGCAUAUUGGAAUACGAGCCCCAAGGUGAAAUUCCCACCUGCUAGAAACCAAUGCACACUAAUAUUUCUUGAUGAUUUGAAAUUUAUUUUAUAGAAAAAGAUGCAGUUAUGUCUCAUUAUUAAACUGAACUGUAGGAGAGGUGCGGCAAUGCUUUCAAAUAAAAUUGUAUGUUUUUUAACUAAA